GUACUGAGCCAGAAAACAGCAACAUGCCUGGUUCAGCAACUGCUGUCCGUCAAGAGAGACUGAAGAAGGCAAGCGUAAGGCCAAAUACACCUGUUUUGUUCACCAUUAAUGAGGAGGAUGAGCAGCGAAAGAGCAGCCGUUCCCAACGCUCAAAAGUAUCUGAAAGUUCUAAAGUGCAAGACAAAACAUCUGCUUCAUCCAACCGCGCUUUCUCUGUUGCUGUUGGGAAGAACGCUAACAAUACUGGAGCUAAGCCAGACUCUGCACCAGUACUGAAAGUUGAUGAAAGACAGCGACUUGCGCGAGAAAGGAGAGAAGAACGGGAAAAAUUUUUAGUGGCAAGAGAGGUUGCAUGGUUGGAAAAAGAAGAGAGAGCAAGGCAAUAUUAUGAAAAGCAUCUGGAAGAGCGCAAAAAGAAAUUAGAAGAGCAGAGGUUAAAAGAAGAGAGAAGACGAGCUGCAGUUGAGGAGAAACGAAAACAGAGACUAGAAGAGGACAAGGAGCGACAUGAAGCUGUUGUGCGCCGCACAAUCGAAAGGAGCCAGAAAGUGAAACUGAAGCAGAAUAGGUGGUCCUGGGGAGGUGCACUUCAUAGCAGCAGCAGCAUUAAUAACACAGGUUAUUUUGUUGAAUCAUCAUUCACCUUUCUCGAUUUAGCAGGCUUGGAGUACCACUUCAGACCUCUGGGUGGUGCUAAAAAACCCGAUCCAGACAGGCGAUCUGUUUCAACAAUGAACCUUUCGAAACAUGUUGAUCCAGUCAUUAACAAGCGGCUCUCCUCCUCAUCUGCAACAUUACUAAAUUCUCCAGACAGAGCUCGACGGCUGCAGCUCAGUCCAUGGGAGAACAGCAUCGUGAGCAGACUCCUGACGCCAACACAUUCCUUCUUGGCCAGGAGUAAAAGUGCAGCAACCUUGGCAGGAGAUGCAGCAUCCUGCAGCCCCAUCAGCCCUCUGUCCUUCAAAGCUGUAAGUUGUCGAAAUCCAGCAGACAGAGCAAAACCUUUUGGUGCAACAUUUGAUGUUGGACGUAGGAGGACUACACAGUCAGCAGGGACCAUCAGAAAAGAAAAGGAGAGAGGCCUCUCACUGUCUAAUCCAGCUGGCAAAAAAAGAGCUCGUUCCCCUUCUACUUUUAGAAGUAAAUCAUCUGCUUGGCAUGCUUCCAGGUCUUUGCCUUUUUUGCCUGGAACACCCAAAAAAGUAACCACAACACCUGGAUCAUCCAGAAUCUCCUCUACUCAGCAACGACCUCCUUCUCCUGGCAACAUUCGACCUGUCAAAAAUGAGAAAAAAAAGGAAAAUGAGAAAAAAGAAAAAAAGCAGGAAUCCAGGAAGGCAGUUGAAGAAGAGAUGGGCGAUGGGAAGACAAUCCCAAAUUCCAGAGAGGCUGCAAAUGUAGAAGGACCUAGUAAACCAGAGACUGUACACAAUGCAGUCCCAGUUCUGUCCCCUCCUGCUUCAGCUGCCUCACCAACUCUUCUCUGCAGCAAGCCUUCUGCAGGGACAACAGACCCAGAAGAAGCAACCAGAGUGCUGGCUGAAAAAAGACGACUGGCCCGGGAACAACGAGAACGGGAAGAGCAAGAAAGAAGGGAAAGGGAAUCGAACGAAAGGCAAAAGAAGGAGGAGCUGGCGCAGAGGAUAGCUGAAGAGCGAGCUCGCCGAGAGGAAGAGGCUCAUAAGCAGGAGGCAGAGCGAAAGCAAAGAGGAGCCGAACUGGAUCAAGAGAAAGAAGAAGCGCUGCGCUGUCUGGCUGAAGAAAAAGAACAGAAAGAGAGGGAGGAAAUGGAACGGCUUCAGAAGCAGAAAGAAGAAGAAGCUCGAAUACGAGAAGAACGGAUCCGGUUAGAGCGUGAAAAACAUUUCCAAAGAGAAGAACAAGAGCGUUUAGAAAGGAAGAAGCGACUUGAAGAGAUUAUGAAAAGAACUAGACGGACAGAAGCUGCAGAGAAGAAGUCUAAUGAACAGCAAAAUGGGGAGAUAACAAAAGAUGCAGUGACCAGCCCUACAUCUCCCGUAAGCCCUGUGAUUGACUCUCAGGUUCAACAUGUACCAGAAUCUCCACGCAAUGGGGAAAUGAUAACCCACACACAUGUGCUCAUUUCACAUCAGCUCCCAGCAAAUGUAGACAGUAAUCUCAACCUAGGAAAACGUGCAAAUGAAAACGGAAUGUCUAUGCAGAAUGAAAACUUUGAAGAGAUCAUCAGUUUACCUAUGGGAACAAAACCAUCAAGAUUGGAUGCCCUGAACAAUGAUGAGAAUGACAGCUCUGAAAUUCCAUUGACUCCAAUUUUGGCCUUUGAAGAUAAGGGGACACUUGGGCCAUUGCCUCAGGUAGAUAACGUUCAAACACAUCAGACAGCAGAAGUUGUCUGAUUUCUGCUUUUGAAUUACCAAAGGCAAAGUAAUCAUCUCUGCAGCCAAUGGAGUUCCUUCCACGCCAUGAAGGAGUGUUAUAUUUUUUGCACUCUCGAGUUUUCUAAAGACUUCUUGACAACCGAACAACUUUUUUUUUAAAGGACCGUAGCAAAACCAGCAGCAGAAGAAUUUAUUGGGAAUAGACCUGGAUUAUCUUUCAAUCACAUAGAUUUCACCACUAGAAAAAUCAUAUUACAUGGGCAUAAAUUGCUUUUUUCCAGCACGCUCCUUUGGUUAGCAAAAUGGAUUUUUUCCUGCUUUCUUGAAGACAAA